AUGGCGCCUCUUCGGCACAAGAACUUGGUUCUUCAUCCCGAUAAUGAUAGGCGGAUACUGUACCCCCUCCCCCUUUCGUCCAUCCACCUUGCUCUUAAUGGGAUCCCGCUAACAUAUCAUGAUCCAGUCGAAACAGUCGGCUAUAUCGGCCGCGCAAUGUCCGCAAAUCAAUCGCCGAACUGGACAAUAGGCCCGUACAUAAUCCAAAGCACACUCCUGCUCAUCGCGCCGGCGCUCUUCGCAGCGAGUAUUUAUAUGGAACUGGGCCGGGUGAUUGUACUCGUGCGCGGUGAGAAAUUCUCGCUUAUUAGGGCUUCUGGUAAGCUUCUCCCUGGCCAGCUUCAGCCAACUCCUUCGUGUGCCGGUCUCAUGGUGACGGCUGCGAAUGGCGGGUCGGCGGACUCGGCGAGUAUGGGGAAAAACGUUAUUAUUGGGGGCUUGUUUGUGCAGAUUAUUUUCUUUGGGUUCUUUUUGCUUAGUGCGGUUGUUUUUCAGAGGAGGCUUGUGACGGCUGUCGGUGGUGGUGGUGAGGGCGUGUUAAUUCUUGUGAGGUCUGUUGUGAGGGUGGUGGAGUAUGUGCAGGGGACGGAUGGGUUUGUCAUGAGUAAUGAGGUGUUUAUUUAUGCAUUUGAUGGGUUAUUGGUGUGGGUUGUUUUGGUCAUUUUGGUUGUGGUGCAUCCGUGUGAGGUUGGGAGGUUGUUGAAGAGGGAGAAGAUGAGGAUGGGGAGGGGGUUUGGCAUUGAUGGGGCUGAGCCGCUGGUGUGA